AUGCCUGUGAUGAAGGGCCUCCUUGCUCCACAAAACACCUUCCUGGACACCAUUGCAAACCACUUUGAUGGCACUCACAGUAACUUCCUCCUGGGAAACGCUCAGGGUCGUCACGGCUACCCCAUCGUGUACUGCUCUGACGGGUUUUGUGAGCUGACCGGCUUUGUUCGGACAGAGGUAAUGCAGAAAACGUGCACCUGCAGCUUCCUCCACGGAGCUGAGACCAGCGAGAGUGUAAUCCAGCAGGUGGACAAGGCUCUGGAGGGCCAGCAGGAGUACCAGGGAGAGGUCUGCUUCUAUCGGAAAAAUGGAAAUCCAUUUUGGUGCCUCCUGGAUAUCGUGCCAAUUAAAAAUGAGAAAGGUGAGGUUGUGCUUUUCCUCUUAUCCUUCAAAGACGUCAGUGAAUCGUACGGGAAAAGCCAUCGCUACAGCCAAGCAGACGGUAUGUCAGAAGCCGCUCACCACAUGAGGAAAAACAAUCGAUCGCACUUUUCCCAAGCUCGAGAGAGGGGGAGGACUAUCCUGCACCAAAUGACCAACCUGUUCAGCAAGAGGGGCAACAGGAAACUGGCCAAGACUGUGUUCCAGAAACCGUCUCUACCCGAGUACAAGGUGGCAGCUGUGAAGAAGUCCCGUUUCAUCCUGCUGCACUACAGCAUCUCCAAGGCCCUGUGGGACUGGCUCAUCCUGCUGGCCACCUUCUACGUGGCGGUCGCCGUGCCUUACGACAUCUGCUUUGUCGGCCAUGACGAGGGCGGUGACCAUCGCUCGCUCGUCAGCCGCAGCACCAUUGGCAGCGACAUUGCGGUGGAGAUGCUGUUCAUACUCGAUAUUAUCCUGAAUUUUCGGACCACCUAUGUGAGUCAGUCAGGUCAGGUAGUGUACGACGCCCGAUCCAUCUACCUCCACUAUUGCACCACCUGGUUCUUCGUGGAUCUGAUCGCAGCUUUGCCCUUCGACCUUCUCUACGCUUUCAACAUCACAGUGACCUCGCUGGUGCACUUGCUGAAGACGGUUCGUCUGCUCCGGCUGCUGCGCCUCUUACAGAAACUGGACCGCUACUCCCAGUACAGCGCUGUGGUCCUGACGCUGCUCAUGUCUGUGUUUGCUCUGCUGGCUCACUGGAUGGCCUGCGUCUGGUACGUCAUCGGACGCAAGGAGAUAGAAAGCAGUGAUCCCGUUACCUGGGACAUAGGCUGGCUUCAGGAGUUGGGAAAGCGUCUGGAGACCCCGUACAUCAACAGCACCACGGGUGGACCCUCCAUGCCUAGCGCAUAUAUCGCCUCUCUCUACUUCACGCUCAGUAGUCUCACCAGUGUCGGUUUUGGCAACGUGUGCGCCAACACAGACGCCGAGAAAAUCUUCUCCAUCUGCAUCAUGCUCAUGGGUGCACUGAUGCACGCAGUGGUCUUCGGCAACGUAACAGCCAUCAUCCAGCGCAUGUACUCACGCCGCUCUCUCUACCACACCCGCAUGAAGGAUCUCAAGGACUUCAUCCGGGUGCAUCGGCUACCUCAGCAGCUGAAGCAGAGGAUGCUGGAGUACUUUCAGGCCACCUGGUCAGUCAACAACGGCAUUAAUGCCAAUGAGCUGCUGCAUGACUUUCCAGACGAACUCCGAGCUGACAUUGCCAUGCACCUGAAUAAAGACAUCCUGCAGCUGCCUGUAUUUGAGCGAGCCAGCAGAGGGUGCCUGCGCUCCCUCUCCCUGCACAUCAAGACCUCGUUCUGUGCACCAGGGGAAUACCUUAUACGCCACGGAGAUGCUCUACAAGCCAACUAUUUUGUCUGCUCGGGUUCCCUGGAGGUUCUGAAAGAUGGCAUGGUCCAGGCCAUCCUGGGCAAAGGUGAUCUUAUUGGGGCUGACCUCCCAGAACAUGGCCAGGUGAUCAAGACCAAUGCAGACGUGAAGGCACUGACCUACUGUGACUUGCAGUACAUCAGUGUUAGGGCUUUGAGGGAGGUCCUUGAGCUGUACCCCGAGUAUGGCAGCCGGUUCAGCUCUGACAUCCACCACAACCUCACCUACAACUUGAGGGAGGGCAGUGAAGCUGAUGGAGUGACAAAGUUUCCAUGGUCUUCCAGGCCGUCUCAGGGUCAUGCUUCUAUGGACCAUAAACUACCCUAUAUAAUUGAGGCAGAUGAUGCAGCACAUGGAGAAGCCAUGAGACACUCUCAGCAGAGAAGAGUGCCUCUGCUACAUGGAGUAGGCAGCCCUGUGCGUCAGCCCUGUCUCAGCACCCUGUUAGGAGAGGAGCUCCACCACAUCAAUGCGCUCCGCCUCUGCAGGUCGCCUGUUCAGGACGGCAGAGGCCGCAGCCCCUCUCCUCAGCCGUUCCCCGGUGAAGAGCUCUGCCCGUCUCCUUUGUCCAGGCUUACCAGUGACCCAGGCUUGAACCAUCGGCCUGCCAAGCUUCUCAUGCCAUCCUUACCUUGUGUUAGUCCACUGAACCUCAGCCCCAGGGUCGUGGAUGGAAUUGAGGACAAUGGUCAUGCAUUUCAAUUUAAUGUAGAGCAGAGCGAGACAAAGACUAAUGUAACAGACCGCUUCCAGGUGAGUGCUAACCUGCUUCUGGAGACAGAGGAAGUGAGACAGAACAUCAGCAAACUGAACAAAGAGGUGAACAACUUGAACCAAGAAAUAUCCAACCUGGCCAAGGAGCUCCAUGACAUCAUGCAUUUCCUACCAUCUCAUGCAGCCAUGCUCCAUUAUACCCCUCCAGCCUCCUCAUAUUCCUAUGGCGUACCCAUGGCUCCCAGUCCCAGUGUGACGGCUCCCAGCAGCUGGCAGCCACAUGUUCCUUUAAAUAUUGCAACCGGGCUGCACCUCCAUCAUGAAGCAAUCAGCCACCCUGCCAGAAAUGUGUGGGGCUGCAGUGGGAUGUCCUCCCAAGGCAGAAGUCCCACCUUGCUGCACUCUUCAAGCCCAAUGUCAUCCUGUUUACACCUGUGCUGCUCUGACAGAGAGGGGGGCACAGCGCACAGGUUACAGAGCCAGUGUGGCACCUUUCAAACUUCCAGAGCGACCCCAAACUCUGCCUACAUGACCCAUCCGCAUGCCCAGGGAGGUCCAUCCCUCCUGGCCCUCAGUUCUGCCUUCAGCAGCUUCCCAGGGGUUUGUCAGGCCCCACAGGUGGCCUACAAUGCCACUAUUCCCACCAUGAGCAACUCCCUUUGUUCCCCAGUCAAUUCUGGCUGCUCCCAUUCAUCCCUGAGCGUUCAAACCAACUCUGAUCCCACACACAAUCAAACCAACUCCCAGACACCCAUCCAUUCCUCCAUCACCCCAACUGGCCAGCCACAGUAUCACACGACCUUCAGCUCUCUCAGUUCAGGGGUCCACACUUCCAUCUGCACAGAGCACAACCAGAGUCAGCAGGGUGGUCCCAGGCAAAAUGACCCCGUAGGAUCCAGCCCCAUCCGCCACACACAGGACAUUGCAUGUUCUCUGCUGGGGCAGGUAACAGACUCCAACUGCAGAGCUUCGCUGUAUCAAGAGAGGACUGAUAAUAAUGAAUUUCAUGGUAUGAGCAGCUGUACUCCAACUGUAGAAGUUCAGCUACCUCUCUUGGAUAUGGACGGAAUGCAAACCCCUCACUGA